AUGAAAGUAACUGAGAACAUUUUGAUAUCGGCAUACCCAGUGUUAAAUCGCAAGUUACCGGAAAAUAUUAAAUUCAUUACAACGCAAGAAUUAGAAGAUAUCUACCCCGACAAAAAACCGGCAGAACGUGAAUAUCUUGCAGUUAAACAGUAUGGUGCUGUUUUUCUCAAACAGAUCGGAAAGCUUCUGAAAUCCAAUACGAUACACGACAAUCGAGCCCCAGACUAUGAUGACUGGGAAUUGAAUGGAGAUAUACUAGUUUAUAGUGAACACGACGAUAGAUGUAUAGAAUUGUCAUCAAUGGGUAUCCGAGUGGAUGAGUUGUCAAUGGAGAGACAGUUGAAAGAAAGUGGUUGUGAAGCACGUAAACAGCUUGAAUAUCAUCAAAAUGUUCUGAAUGGUAUAUAUCCAUUAACGAUAGGUGGUGGAAUAGGACAGAGUCGAUUGUGUAUGUUCUUUAUGGAGAAGAAACAUAUUGGUGAAGUCCAAGUUAGUAUAUGGCCUGAACACGUUCGUCGUGAAUGUGAACAGAAUAAUAUAUUUCUCCUGUAA